GAAUCACGAUCGAGGCGGGUCCAUCGUGGAUGGCGGCGGGAGAAAUAGACCAUGCACGUGCCAUCGAGUCCACAAGCUCUAUGCGAUCCACCGUUGUCAUGGUUGGCCAUACCUUCUUCGCAUUCAAUAACAUGAAAUGA